AUGUUUGCUUUGCUUUUAUCUGUUGGAAAAUUCCAGAAUGGUCAUGUUGUCCGCCUGGAGUGGACUCGCGUCGGUUAUCCGUCGCUGCCACCGACGGCGAACUACACCGUCUACGACGGCACGACCAUCCUUUACAUAAAAGGAGUCACAGAAGAGGACGAAGGCCAGUACAGAUGCAUGGCCACCACAAUCAACUCGAUUGCAACCGACGAUGCGACAUUAACAAUCGGUGUACCUGCUGGCAGAGUGGGAGUUGCAAAAUGUAAAUACACACCACCAAGGACUGAAAAGAUUAAAUGUGGAAGACCACCCCAACCGGUCAUCGAUCCUCCUCACCUAACAGUCAACGAAGGUGAACCGGCCGCAUUCCGAUGUUGGGUACCAGGAAUUCCCGACUGUCAGGUCACUUGGCAUAGGGAACGCGUCGGUGGAGCUCUUCCACACGGGGUUUAUCAAACUGGCAAUGCGCUCAAGAUCCCUAAAGCUCAAAUGCACGAUGCUGGAAACUACCUGUGCACUGCUGUCAAUGACUUUGGUAUUGGACAGUCGCCAGUAGCCCGUUUGGACGUUGUGAGACCUGUUCAACGUCCACGCGUUGAUCCGAUCGAGCAGACUGUGAACGAGGGCGAACCUGCUCGUUUCAGAUGUUGGGUACCCGGAAAUCAAAAUGUUCAGCUGAAAUGGCAGCGAGCUGGAAAUCAGCCCUUACCGCCGUCUGUACAGGAACAACAAGGAAUUCUUCACAUUCCUCGUGCUUCACAACAUGAAGCUGGUCAGUAUGUCUGCACGGCUACAGAUCCUCGCGAUAACAAACCUCAAACUUCCGAUCCGGUCACACUUCAUGUGCGCCGACCAGAGCCACCCCAGUUGGCUCAACCUCAAAUCGACCCCGCCGAGCAAACAGUUAACGAAGGCGACCCGGCACAAUUCCGUUGUUGGGUCCCCGGACAUCCCCAAGCUGUCCUGCGAUGGACCAAGAAGGACGGACGACCUCUUCCGGAGGGAGUCUUGGAGCGCGAUGGUUUCCUUCGCAUCAAUAGCGCCAAGAUGUCAGACGCAGGAGAUUACAUCUGCACUGCCACAGAUCCACGAGGGGGACCACCAAAAGAGUCAUCUCCGGCGAGGCUCAAUGUUAGACCGCCAGCUUUGGCUCCUCAAGUUGAUCCUCCUUCUCAGACUGUGGACGAAGGACAGCCGUCACAAAUUCGUUGUUGGGUUCCGGGAAAUCCUCGCGCACAGAUAAGAUGGAUGAAGCAUGGUCGUCAACCGCUACCAUCACAUGCACAAGAACGCGAUGGAGUGAUGUCUAUACCUCAGACUAAGAAGUCUGACGAAGGACAUUAUGUGUGUACGGCGGUAGAUCCACAAACAGGGGCCAGUACUGAUGCCACGCCGGCUCAUAUUGCAGUUCGACCGGCUGCAAAGCUCGAGCCACAAGUCGACCCCAUUGAACAGUCCGUUCCACAAGGUUCCCCGUUCCGAAUUCGCUGCUGGGUGCCAGGAAAUCCACACGCGCAUCUGACAUGGAGGAAGGCCGACGGCGAAAUAAAUGAUGACUCUGAACAGAACCAAGGCAUCUUGACCGUCAACAGAGCUCAACCUUCCGAUGAGGGUGAGUACAUCUGCUCGGCUGAGGAUCCACGCACUGGUGAAGAAGCCGAAACACCUCCGGCGACAGUUCAUGUCACAACGCCUGUAAGGCCACCGGAAGUUAUGACCUUCGAGCGAGGUCCAGAAAUCUCACCGCCUAUCCAAACAGUGACUGAAGGAGAUCCCGCCACGAUCCGAUGCUGGGUCGAUGGUCAUCCGGAUGCAGCUUUGUCAUGGAAACGGCACGACGGCGCUGCGCUGCCAUUCGGAGCUUCAGUCGAAGGUGGAACUCUGGCUAUCAGUAGUACGCUGAUGAGUGAUGAGGGAGAGUACAUUUGUACUUAUACUCCACCCGUUGGUCCACCCAAGGAAUCGGCACCCAGUAGGCUCAAUGUCAAACCGCCUGGUGGUCCACCUCGUCCAGUCGCCACACCUCCCGUACUCACUGUGAAACAUGGUGAACCAGCACGAUUCCACUGUGACGCACAAUCGCCAACUCCGGCGCAGAUCAGCUGGGGUCACGGCGAUGCCGACACGCCACUGCCAGAAGGUGUCGUGCACGAAGUUGACGACAUCACCAUCGAGGCGGCUGAUGACUCGCACGAGGGCGAGUACGUCUGUUCGGCCACAAACGAAUAUGGUACCGGAGUCGCCGAACCCGUCAAGCUUGUCGUCUCUGAUGAAGAGCAACCACCCACAGCUCGAGUAGAGCCCCGAGUAUGGAAUGGCAAACCUGGUGACAGACACCAAUUCAAGUGCAUAGUCACUGGAGUACCCACUCCAACGGUGCAAUGGUCCGGACCCAAUAACACUCCUUUACCUCAUGACGUCACCGAACUAGACGGAAACAUUUUGGACUUCUCCAAUGGACGAACCGAGUUGAAUGGAGACUAUACCUGCACGGCUACCAACCCUGUUGGAGAGGCAUCCGAUUAUGGCUCAGUCAAUAUCGGACCAUCACUCACCGUAAAAACCACACCAGCUGGUCCCAGAUUGAUCCUUACCGCAGGCGAACCUCUUCUUGUCAAAUGCGAAGCAUUUGGUGAACCAGAACCUGAGGUUGAAUGGUUGCAUGAUCCUGGACCAGAACGAGGUGAUCUUCCUGAUGACUAUAAACCCGUUACCAUAUCCGAGCAAUUUAUUCGACAUCCUGCUAUCGGUCUUGGAAAUGCAGGAGCAUACACAUGCAAGGGAUCUAAUAGCCAUGCUACUGCCACUAAGAACAUUUAUAUUGAAGUCGUGGAGCCAUCCAGAGUCGCUACCGUAUCCAUUCUUGGAGGAUCAUCGCAAUGGUUUGAACCAGGGCAACCGGCUCAGCUUAUUUGCACAGCUACCGGAAGCUCUCUUGUCGACCACCUUGAAUGGGUCAAGGUUGAAGAUCAACUACCUUCUGAAGUUGAGGCCGCCAAUGAGCCUGGUCUACUUCACUUCUCCAACUUCAAGAAACCCUACGCCGGGGAGUAUGAAUGCCGAGGAUAUCGUAAUGGUGAACUCAUCGCCUCGAGCUCCGUCCAGGUUUACUCCACAACUGAUGAUGUCGAAGAUGCGAAGGUCGAAAUUGAACCACCACGGGUACGGGUUGUGUCGCAAGGAGAGUCCAUCGUACUCAAGUGUUCCGUCGAAGGUGCCAAAAACGGCGAAAACUUCGAAUGGGCCUUGUUACGAGGCGGAAACAUUGUCAGAAAACUCGGAAAUGAGGCUACGCUCCAUAUAAAGAGCGCCGAUCCGACAAACGACUUUGGAGUAUACAGAUGCAAUGUAGAAGACGAUGACGGAGUCGUCAUUGGCAGCGCUUACACUGCUGUCAGCGUCGGAUAUGGCGGAACGACUAACGCCCAAGUUGUUAAAUUUGACGAGAAAUCUGAUGCAUCGUUUACUUGCCCAGUCUACUCAGUUCCUGGAUCAAAGGUGGAAUGGUCGAGAAUGGAUGGCGAACUUCCUCAGAAUGCUAUUCCAAAUGAGAACAAGCUUGAAAUCAAAGAUUUCAAUGACGAUGCGGCAGGAAUGUACAUGUGCCGGGUCACCUUUGAUGAUAACGUUGUCGACGGCUAUGUUGACGCCCAGAUAUUUGUUCCCGACACAAUUAUCCAAGUUCUGCUCGAUGUCUCUUCGGAAUCGGUCAAUGUUGGAGAUCGCGCUUGGUUCGACUGCAAGGUGACCGGAGAUCCAUCAGCAGUCAUUAUGUGGUCAAAGGAGGACACUGACGAAUUGCCAGAAAACUCGCAGGUCACUGGAGGCCGUCUAUUGUUCAACUCAGUGACGCAGGAUAAUGCUGGUGUGUACAAAUGCCGAGCGAAGACGAAGGCUGGACCACUGGAGACGCGCACAGUGCUGAACAUCGGCAACGCAAAACAAAUCAUGGAAACCCUUCCUCUCAUCAGAUCGGUUGGCGAAGAGGCCUUUUUAUCUUGCUCAUCUCCUGCAGAAGAUGUUACGACCGCACGGUGGGAGAGAUUAGACGGAGAAAUGCCAACAGAAGCAACCACGAAUCGUGGUGUUCUCAAGCUACCGUCGAUAUCAAGGGAUGAUGAGGGAAAAUACCAAUGCACAGUCACAAGAGACGGGCUUGAUAUGGAGACACUGGUAGAGCUCCAAGUGGACGAUUUUGUGCCAGUGUUCCGAGGACAAGAAACCCUCACGCUUCCUCCCUUGAGUGAUGAGAAGAUGAAGCACUUCGACAUGGUCCUUACACUCAACACAACGGGAGAAAGCGGAGUGAUUUUUGAAACUGUACGACGACCACCUAUGGAAGGGGAGGAUCCUAGAAGAAUUCCUUCGCCUACGAUAGAACAUCGCGCACGGAUCGAUGAUGGCUUAGUUGUCUAUGAGUACGACAUUGGCCAUGGAAAAGAGUCUAUUGCAUCUACCAACAGCAUUGUACCCAAUAAGUGGAACACCAUUAUUCUGAAGAACGACGAUAAUAAAGCAGUACUACAGCUUAACUCCGGACCUGCUACGGAAAGGCCUCAUGAGGAAAUAAUGUGGAACAAGGGAGUCAAUGAGCCUCUAAUUUUUGGCGCACAUAUAGAUCCGAGAGAUCGCGACACGGUCCAGCAAGGGUUUAAAGGUGUGAUUAGCUCAGCAAACAUAUCAGGUGAAGAGAUUCCUUUGGGCAAGGCUGUUCGUCCCGAGCACAUGGAAUCAUACGAUUCCUGCGCACAUAAGAAGUGUUUGCAUUCUUCUCGCUGCAGAAAUAGCAACACCCCCAAAGGAUACGAAUGCAUUUGUCCAUUGGAGUAUACCGGCGAACAUUGCCAGAUUCGAUCAUCAAAGUGCAAAGGCGAGGACUGCAAUAGUGGAAUAUGCCUGGAACGAGAUGACACAUGGCAAUGUGUUUGUCCUCUAGGCACCGGUGGUUUGAGAUGUGAGCUAGAAGAAAAAUUUGCAGCUGAUACUCUCGGAUUCCAGCAGGAUACCUCAUUCGUAUCCAUGCCUCAUCCCAAAAGUUUAGAUCAACUUGAGAUUUCCAUGAACGUAAAGCCGCAUGAUAUACAAAGGGAACACAUGUUGCUAUAUAUUGCUGAUGAUUACGAUCCUGAUUCUAGAAAGCACCUCAGCGUCUCAGUAGUUGAUGGAGCAAUUGUAUAUUCGUAUAGCGAUGGGGAAGAGAGAGAAGUGAUAAAAAGCUCGCCGAUAACCGCAGAUACCCAGUAUGCAGUGGUCCUGAUUCGCAACGAGACAGCGACAUUUUUGAUUGUCAAUGGAGAAGUGUUUACGGCAAAGAAAAAACUAAAGUCAUUUGAACCGGGUACCGAUCUAUUCAUCGGAGGGCUGCCGCCAGGAGUGGAUGUGCCUGCUGAUGUCCCAGCAAACUCAUUCCAAGGAUGUAUAGAUGUUAUCAAAGUGGAUGGCAAACAAUUAGAUUUUGAAAACCCUUCUAAUUUUUCCUCUGGAGACGUUUCAAAGUGCCCAGUAGAGUUCGACGAACUCACCACUGCCGAACCUGUCAAAGUUGAAGAAGAGGCCCUCGCCGCUACCGAGGUCCCUACAACGGAGGAGUCAUUAUAUGUGUACGAUAUAAAGAAGGAUGAUGACGAACCGGAACCUUUUCUGCCACUAGUCACGGAAAUACUGGAAACCACAACACCAGCUGCCACUCGUCCAUCGUUAGAGGCGACAUCCACAAUUUCUCCAGAAGUUAGUGAUGAGGACGUACAUGAGAUUACUCCGACAGCAGUCGCAGUGGUGCUUUCAACAGAUGAACCGUGUCGUGGUGAAGGUUCAGAAGACUGCGUAGUGAACAUGUGUUUCAAUCAUGAGUGCGGACCAAAUGGUGAAUGUAUUCCGUACAAUAGCACCUCCUAUGAAUGCAAAUGCAAUCUCUAUUAUGAUGGACCCAGAUGCGAUCUCUUUAAACCUAUUGAACGAGCUGCGAGUUUCAACGGAGACGCCUUCUUAGAGAUUUCUUCCGAUGAGUUUCCUCACCUGACUUCGGAAAAGGAAGAAGUAGUGGAGUUCAAAUUCAAAACAAAUGAAAGUGACGGAGUUCUUUUCUGGCAAGGACAACAACGUGGAGUAUCGGUUGUUGGCGAGGACUACUUCUCAGUAGGAGUAAUAGAUGGUUAUAUCCAUUUCUCCUACGAGCUAGGCGGUGGAGCAGCCCAUAUGAUGAGUGAGCAAAGAGUUGAUGACAAUAAAGAGCAUGUAAUUCGCUUAAUACGAAAAGGUAGACGAGGCAUUCUUAAAUUGGACGAUAGUCCUGAGCAAAGGAGUCUGAGCAGCGGUAUUCUGGCUAUGCUUAAUGCCGACGGUAACAUUUUUAUUGGAGGUGUUCCCGAUAUUCACAGAGCCACUGGCGGGAUACACGCCAACAAUUUCGUCGGUUGCAUUGCCGAUGUUUCGCUGAAUGGAGUGCCGCUCGAUCUAAUGGGCACUGCUAUUGACGGAAAAGACGUGAAACCUUGCGAUGAAUGGAUAUUUCCAAGAAGGCGGUUCAAGAGCAGGAGGAGACACAGGAGCUGGACGAUACUGUAAAUGACACUUGCGUUAUGUAUGGAACCACAGGCUCAUCUACGUCCGCAUCCUACAAUUUUAACAACGAAGUUUCUCUCAAAUCAACUGGCAGGUCUCACAUGUAUUCGUAACUUCUUAUCCUCCAUGAAAGCAUAUCAAGCCGAAGUUUUGUGUCACUGCGAAUUUGUUUUCCGAGUUUAAAUCUGUCUUCAUGUGAUUAUUGAAUAAUUAUCUUAAUAAAAGUUCU